CCCCAACGCUCUAUCAACAAUUCGGGUAUCUGCGUGUGUGUGUGUGAACAGCAUCGAAUUGUGCAGCAAAUAGCAGCGAAUCCGUACAAGUGUGUGUUCCGUUUUUGCGCGUAAGCGAAAAUGGGAAAUUCGACGUGGAAAUCAAACGGCAUGGCAUCGUCUCGCCGUCGCACAGCGGCCAUGCAAUCGAUCGGCAGCACGGCCGUGCUGCUGCUGCAGCUGCUGAUGGCAACGGCAGCACAAUCAAAACUGCUGGUGAAUGGAACCGAUUGCAUCGUCCGGGAUCCGCUCUACAAUGUAACGUUCGAUUUUAAUGCGCUCAGCUCGGACCUGAACCACCACGUGACGUCCGAGGAGAGUGGCGAGCGGUUCUUCUUUAACGUGUGCGACGACGAGCGCCAGCCGGUGAACCGUACUGAGCCGCGCGCCUACCUGAUGCGCGCCGGUCGCAAGAUAACGCUCGGGUACGAGCCCCGCCUGCAGCUGAAUGACGGCCGGUUCCAGUUUUCCUUCACCGGCGAGCCGUGCGGCAACGGCAGCCACUACACGCUGGACAUCAUACUGCUGUGCAGCUACGAGCACACGCCGGAGGAUUUGCGUGUCAUCCCGCACACGCCCGACCAGUGCCGGUACUUCAUCUUCUGGGAUACGCCGCUCGCCUGCCAGCCGCUGCCGACCGGGCUCGCGAACAACCGGUGCACGGUGCGGGACGGUACCGAUCGGCACGCGUUCAAUCUGCUACCGCUGGCCGGUGCGAACCACGAGAUACCGCUCCCGGACGGGUCCCGGUUCGUGCUGUCCGUGUGCAAACCGGUGCGCUACGGUCACCUGACCAUGUGCCCGCCGGGGACGGGCGUGUGCCGGGUGAAUGGAACCGAGUACCAGGACUACGGCCAGGCGGUGGCGGACCCGAAAGUGGACACGUCCACCGGUCGGCUGGUGAUGGAGAUGCGCUCCAAGUCCGCAACCGGCUGCCCGAACUCGCUGAUUGUGUUUGAGUGCGGCCGGGAGGACGGGCUCGAGACGGUGCCGGUGUAUCGUGGACUGAAGGGGAACUGUACGCACGAGUUCCUCUGGCGUACGCCACUCGCCUGCCGGGACACGCGGCCCUGCUCGGUGACGAAUCCGAUCACCGGCACGCGGUACGAUUUGGGCCUGCUGGCGAACCGCACCUACACGCUGACCUCGCGGGACAAUCGGACGUACGAGCUGGGCGUUUGCCACAUACCGGCGUCCAGCCGCUGUCCGCUCGAUGCGGGCGCAUGCGAGGUGAGUGCCAAGCAGUCCGUCGGGCUGGGAGCGAUCGCGUCCGAGCUGCAAUACGAAACGACCGGUGCUCCCUACCUGCUGUACCGUUCGGGCGCCGUGUGCGACGCAACCAGCGGCCGGCGCUGGGAGACGCGGCUCGAGUUUAUCUGCGAAACGGACCCGGUGGAGGGUGGCCGCACCGGUGUGGUCGUGCCGCCGACCGUCGUAGAGAACGGCGACUGCCAGCUGGUGGUGCACUUCGAGACGGUGCUGGUGUGCGAACCGGCUCUGAUGGCUUGCGGCGCGUACAACGAGUCGACCAUCGAUCAGUACGUCGACCUAACGCCGCUCGUCGACUCGACGCGUAACUACGAGGCACGGGGUGGAGAGGCGCACGGUCGCCGCUACUUCCUCAACGUCUGCCGCCCGCUCGUGCCGCAGUAUGGGUUGAGCUGCCGGGGCGGGGCGGCCGCAUGCGAGGCAACGUUCGACGGCGUCACGGCACGCAACGAAACGACGCUCGGCUUUCCGGACGUGUCGCUCGUGGUGGCGGGCGACACCGUGCUGAUGAAGUACCUGCGGGGCGAUCCGUGCCCGCAGGAUCCGGUCACGAACCUUUCCUCCACGGUGGAGUUCCGCUGUCAGCCGACGGCUGGCCGUGGUACGCCGGUACUGCUCGAGAUCGAGCACGGCUGCCACUAUCGGUUCGAUUGGGCAACGGCCAUCAUAUGUCCACCGGAGCGGGCGGUACCGUUCGAGCAGGGCAACUGCAGCGUCCACAAUGCCGCAACCGGCAGCUGGAUCCGUUUGGAUACCGUGCUGGAGGAUCUCUCGCCGUGCGACAAACGGCCCACGGCCAGCGUGGACUAUAGGGCCGGAGCUCUUAAUCUGCACUAUACGGUGCCAGACGCGGUCAACUGUAGCCACACUAACGGUGUAAAAACCUUCAACGUAACUGUCGUAUGUGCACCAGACAGUCCAUUAGACCGUGCAGCGUCUACGGCCUGUUUUGAAAUCAUCACGAAAUCAUCUCCAAAGGUUUGCACCUUCGUUGGGCGCAAUGCCUCAGCGAGCGGUGACGUUACGCCAACCCCAUCAGCAGUUCCAACCGAUCCUACUGGCAGUCCGACGACCGUACCCGGAGUGACCGGAUCCACCACACCCGAACCGAUCGGCACACAUGUCCAGCCAGACGCGGAAGGCCUGGGAGCAUUUGGCAUUAUCAUGAUCUGUCUGACCGUGAUCAGUACUCUGAGCGCUGGCACGUUAUACCUUGUGCGCCGCCAUCCGGAUCGAUGCCAUCAACUCCACUCGGUGCUGCUGUGUCGCGGGCUCAUUAAGAACGAUUUCCCCAGCACGAUGUACUCGCGCGUGGACAACAGCGAAACUUCUAGCCUGCUGCUGAACCCUUCGAACGUGAUGUCGGAUAGCGAUGAUGAUAUGUUGAUAUAAGGAACCCGACCCGACCGUGGCACCCAAGAUAACGAACAACCUAACCAACAAAUGAUGCGUUGUUAUUGUGUCGUCGUACUACUGAUAACGGCUUAACCGAUUUUUGUUGUUGUUUUGUACACCUGUGUAAAAUGUUCCUUUUGAAACCAAAAAAAAAAAACAACUUGCAAGAUGCCAGGGUUUGGCAGCAACGACCUCCAUCACCAUCCCUUUCGAGCAAUACUGAAGGUGAUGCGAUAACGGAGAUACACAAAACACAAGCGGCCAGUAACCUUAACGCAACGCAUCUUAUAGGAGAGACUGCAGUUGAAGAGAUAUGAUGAUUUCAGCGUAGUUUACAACCCUUUAAGGACAUCCUAAGGACAUCUCCACAUCAUCCCCGAUAUGGGUCCUGUUUGCGCAAUUGCUGUGAGCUACUGUGAUUGAGAGUAAAAAAAAAAACAAAACAAAACGAAGAAAGGGCAGCAAGCAGAGAAACAGACACCAUUUUAGCUUGUAAGAAAAGCCUGUGUGUGCGAUAGAUGGGUUUGUGCGCGUGUGUGUGUGUGUAUAGUAGACAAGAUAUGAAGAUGAUGGAAACAGCUAGGAUCAAAUAAAGGAUAAUCAAGAUGCACUGUUCAUUCUAA